AUGGGAAUUGAAGCAAAAAGAGCGGCUAUGAGCCGAAAAAAGAGCCCCCCAAUAUUUUCCCAUGAAUUUAUUAUACAAAAUCAUGGUGAUAUUAUUUCAUGUGUAAUUAUGUUUAUUAUGCUUGGUUUUAUGUUUAAUGCAACAACUUCACUGGCUCAGGUUUUCAUUGUUCCCCAAUAUAACGAUACGUUGACACUGCCAAAUGAAACAGAAUCAAGGAUCCUUUACAGGAAUGGGGUUCGUGAUUUGUUUACAAUUUUCUUCUAUACUCUUGUUUGGAUUGCUGUUCACUGUGCACUUCAGGAAUAUAUUUUUGAUAAAGUUCAACGACGUCUUCAUUUGUCGAAAACACGUCAAGUUAAAUUCAACGAGAGCGGUCACACGGCAGUUUUUAGCAUUUAUUCUAUUUGCCACGCUAUUAGCAUUUUAAAUGAAAUGGAAAUUCACAAAGAUUUGACACGAAUUUGGACUGGUUAUCCAGAACUUCAUCGGCAUUUUUCCCUCUCUACCAAACUUUACUACAUUUUUCAGAUAUCAUUUUGGCUUCAUCAAAUUCCAGAAUUUUAUUUUCAAAAAUUGAAACGCGAGGAAAUCUUCAAUAGACUUGUUUACCUCACAAUUUUCAUAACGGCUUCUUGUUUCUUUUAUUUCGCAAAAUUCAAGCCAUGGAAUUUUGUUUUUCUGAUUACUCGUCUUGUUUCGAUUGUGCUUGGUGUCAUUGCUCUCUGGUAUGGACACCGACAAAGUGAAGUUGUUUUUAUUGAUUUUGAAGCUGGAAACUUUAACACAAAAAUUAUUCGCAUAAAUAGUUUAAUUGCAAUUGUAUUAAUUCAACUUUGGAUGUUAUUCAAUUUCUCUACCUUCCACAUUGGUCGAUGGCGCGAAAAGGGCCGUGAACAGGCUGCUCAUUCUGCUGGAAAGAAGAAAAGCAGUGGAUUUGGUUUCAAGAACAAGAAGGCUGCGAAAACGAGUUCUGGCAGUGACGUUAGUUUUUUUCGUGUCCGGAUAUUUGGGGAGUGGACCCUCGGGAGCUUGGGCAUUGGACACAGCUACGAAUAG